CGGGAACUCGGAGGCGGGGAGCGGCUGGGAAGUGGCCGUGUCUGUUGGACCCGGCGGAGCUGCGGGCGCGGGAGCCUGAGUGGAGAACGGAGCCAGCCGUAGGCAGCGGCGGCGGGGAUGGCGCGGGUCGGGCCGGCAUGGCUGCUGCUGCUGCUGGCAGUCUGGGUCGUCCUGCCGACGUGGCUGUCCUGCACAAAGGUCUCCUCACUCAUCGAGAGAAUUUCUGACCCCAAGGACUUGAAAAAACUUCUCAGGACCCGGAAUAAUGUGCUGGUGCUUUACUCCAAAUCUGAGGCUGCAGCGGAAAGUCAUCUCAGGUUGUUGUCCACUGUGGCCCAGGCAGUGAAAGGACAAGGCACCAUCUGCUGGGUAGACUGUGGUGAUGCUGAGAGUAGAAAAUUGUGCAAGAAGAUGAAAGUUGACCUGAGCCCAAAGGACAAAAAGGUUGAAUUAUUCCAUUACCAGGACGGUGCAUUUCAUACUGAAUAUAACCGAGCUGUGACAUUUAAGUCUAUAGUGGCCUUUCUGAAGGAUCCAAAAGGGCCUCCACUGUGGGAGGAAGAUCCUGGAGCCAAAGACGUUGUCCACAUUGACAGUGAAAAGGACUUCAGACGGCUCCUGAAGAAGGAAGAGAAGCCCCUCCUGAUGAUGUUUUAUGCCCCCUGGUGCAGCGUGUGCAAGAGGAUAAUGCCACAUUUCCAGAAGGCCGCGACCCAGCUGCGAGGCCACGUUGUGCUGGCUGGGAUGAAUGUCUACCCCUCGGAAUUUGAAAACGUCAAGGAAGAGUAUAAUGUGCGAGGCUACCCCACCAUCUGCUAUUUCGAGAAAGGACGGUUUCUGUUCCAGUAUGACAACUAUGGGUCCACAGCUGAGGACAUUGUGGAAUGGCUGAAAAAUCCACAGCCGCCACAGCCCCAGGUCCCCGAGACUCCCUGGGCAGAUGAGGGCGGCUCCGUUUAUCACCUGACCGACGAAGACUUUGACCAGUUUGUGAAGGAACACUCCUCUGUUCUCGUCAUGUUCCACGCCCCAUGGUGUGGUCACUGUAAGAAAAUGAAGCCAGAGUUUGAGAAUGCAGCAGAAGUCCUCCAUGGAGAAGCAGACAGCUCUGGUGUCCUUGCAGCUGUCGAUGCCACUGUCAACAAGGCCCUGGCAGAAAGAUUCCACAUCUCCGAGUUUCCUACAUUGAAGUAUUUUAAGAACGGAGAGAAAUAUGCAGUGCCUGCGCUCAGAACAAAGAAGAACUUUAUUGAGUGGAUGCGAAACCCUGAGGCCCCUCCACCCCCAGAGCCCACGUGGGAAGAGCAGCAGACCAGCGUGUUGCACCUGGUAGGGGACAACUUCCGGGAGACCCUGAAGAAGAAGAAGCACACCCUGGUCAUGUUCUAUGCCCCUUAGCACUGACUUCACCUUAAAACCCUGGAAUUUAGCCGACCUAUUUUGGCCUCUGCUUUCCUGGUCUUCCUGAGUACCCCAGCCCAGUCCUCCUCCCUGACCUCCUCCACGUGGCUUUGAUGCCAUCGAGUUUGAAUCUGUGGGAAAAGCACACCACAUUUUUCUGAGCCAACUUCCCCCUCUAUCCCCCUUUUAAUCAAAGUUUAAGUUGAGGAAGUGACACGUGUGAUUGUGACCUUUGGAUUUUGUGUUGUUCCAUCUUGAAGUUAAUUGAUAUUUAAAAGGGAAGGCUCUUGAAUUUCCCACUGUUCUGUUGCCCUUGUCUCUCUCCCCCCGGUUACAGCUCAGCUUAAUGGAGUGGGGAUAAUAAAGCUUCGCUCUACAGAGAAGCCAGGCAACUCAAUCUAGUCAUAAACCUGCUUGCUUGUAGCCAGCCCUCCUGUUGCCUCCCCUCCUGCCCCACUUUUCAAGUGUCAGUAAUCCGUAAAGUCACUCCUCCCUCUCACUUUCUGAGAGGGCUUGCCUCCUGCCCACUUUUCCCAGCCUCAGACCCCUGCCCUCAGGCAACAAAGUGUCCCUCU